CCCCCAGAGCCCCCGGUGGCCCCCUCAGCUCUUCUACAACCCCCACUUGUGCCCCCACAUUCUCUCUUCAGCCCCUGUUGCUCCCCCAGGCCCCCCGUGGCCCCCACUGCUCUUCUUUAGCCUUCCUUGUGCCCCCACAUUUUUCCCCUGGAGCCUCUGUGGCUUCUUCCUGCCCUCCUGCAGACCCCGAACCCCCCCUGUCUGUGCUCUCACAGCCUCCACUGCUCCCUCAGAGCUUCCAGGGAGCUCCCAGAGCUCCUGCACCCCCAAAAAAACUGCAUCCUGGUGCUUCCCAGGUGUCCCACACUGUCCAGCAGUAGGACUCCUGAGCUCAGCUCCAGCUUUAAAACUUCUUUAAGAACAGUCUCUAAACCCUCAGCAAGUAUAUUUUACUCCAAGUGGUGCAAACUGGAAAUUAUCCACCACCAGGAAAAGGAAUGUUCAGUAACUGGUGUGACCUGAGUUUCUUCACAGCUCAGAUUUCACUUGUAAAUGGGGGUUUUAUCACUUUCUCCUUUCUCUGAAGUUGUGUAGGGUCUCCUGAGGUUUAAGCAGGAUCCAGGGAAGGUUUAAAAACCUUGGGAUUAGUGUUAUGGUUUACACUGUGGCAAGCAUCCCUGGAAAAGCUAAAUUUGGGCUGAUACCCCACUGGCCUCAGUGCCAUGCAAACAUAAACCAACAAAUUCCCUAAAAACGGGUUCUUCUUCCCAGUUCUAAGGAGCCAAAAAGGAAAAAGCCAGUCUGUAAUUCCUUGGGGAAAGAAAAAGUAAAAGUUGUAAUCUUCAGUUUCAGCACAAAAUUGGGCAAAGAGGACCUGGGUAAUAUCCUUAAUUCCCUGGAUCCUUUGGGGGAAUUCUUGAGCAUCUCUAGGUGUAUCUAAUAUCCCUAAUUCUCUGGAUCCUUUGGGGGAAUUCUUGAGCAUCUGUAGAUGCCUCUGAUAUCCCUAAUUCCCUGGGUCCUUUGGGGGAAUUCUUGAGCAUCUCUGGGUGCCCCUGAUAUCCCUAACUCCCUGGAUCCUUCAGGGGAAUUCUUGAGCAUCUUUAGGUGUCUCUAAUAUCCCUAAUUCCCUGGAUCCUUCAGGGGAAUUCUUGAGCAUCUCUAGGUGCCUGUGAUAUCCCUGAUUCCCUGGAUCCUUUGGAGGAAUUCUUGAGCAUCUGUAGAUGCCUCUGAUAUCCCUAACUCCCUGAAUUCCUUUUGGGGAAUUCUUGAGUCUCUACCCUGCCUGUGGCACAGGGAUAACACCACAGGGAUGCUGAUUAAAUUCCUUAUAAACUUGGGUUGGGAGAGAGGCAGGAAGAGCUCCGUGGAAGCCUCCACACACGGACUCUCCAUGAAUUCCCAGCACCUCAGCAAGCCCUCAUCCACAGCCCGGGGAAACGCAGGAGUGGUGGGGCCUGGAGCGAUCCCGCAGUGAGCAGCUCCCACGGCUCGGGAAUGGCCGGGGGCCGGCGGGGUCCCAACAGAACCUCCUACUGCCGGAACCCGCUGUGUGAGCCCGGAGCUGCCGGCGGCUCCGGACACUCCUCGGGCUCCUCCGUCACAGGCGUGCGCUCCCGGACCAGGAGUGGCUCAGGUACAGGCCUUUCCAGCCCCCCUUUGGCAGCACAGACAGUGGUCCCCCUGAGGCACUGUAAGAUCCCAGAGCUGCCUGUGGAGAGGAGUGUCCUGUUCGAGCUCCAGCUCUUCUUCUGUCACCUCGUCGCUCUCUUUGUCCACUACAUCAACAUCUACAAGACGGUGUGGUGGUACCCACCCUCCCACCCUCCCUCCCACACAUCACUGAACUUUCACCUUAUUGACUUCAACGUGCUGACGGUGACAACCAUCGUCCUGGCCCGGCGGCUCAUCAGUGCUAUUGUGAAGGAGGCUUCCCAGAGUGGCAAAGUGUCCCUGCCCCGCUCCGUGUUCCUGGUGGUCACUCGGUUUGCCGUCCUCACCGGCACGGGCUGGAGCCUGUGCCGAUCCAUCAUCCACCUCUUCAGAACCUACUCCUUCCUCAACCUCCUGUUCCUGUGCUACCCGUUCGGGAUGUACAUCCCCUUCCUCCAGCUGAACUGUGACCUGCGCAAGGCGGGGCUGUUUGCCCAGGUGGCCAACAUUGGCCCCAGGGACACGGGUGAGGUGGGGGCCCGGGGCAGGGACUACCUGACGGUGCUCAAGGAGACGUGGAAGCAGCACACGCGGCAGAUGUACGGCAUGGAGGCCAUGCCCACCCACGCCUGCUGCCUCUCCCCGGACCUCAUCCGCAACGAGGUGGAGUACCUCAAAAUGGACUUCAACUGGCGCAUGAAGGAGGUGCUGGUGAGCUCCAUGCUCAGUGCCUACUACGUGGCCUUCGUGCCCGUCUGGUUUGUGAAGAACACUCAGUACUACGACAAACGCUGGUCCUGUGAGCUCUUCCUGCUGGUUUCCAUCAGCACCUCCGUGAUCCUGAUGCAGUACCUGCUCCCUGCCCGCUACUGUGACCUGCUCCACAAGGCUGCAGCACACCUGGGCUGCUGGCAGAAGGUGGAUCCAGCCCUCUGCUCCAACGUGCUGCAGCAUCAGUGGACUGAGGAGUGCAUGUGGCCGCAGGGGGUGUUGGUGAAGCACAGCAAGAACGUGUACAAGGCCGUGGGGCACUACAACGUGGCCGUGCCCUCCGACGUCUCACACUUCAGGUUCCACUUCUUUUUCAGCAAACCACUGAGGAUCCUCAACAUCCUGAUCCUGCUGGAAGGGGCAGUCAUCUUCUACCAGCUCUACUCGCUGAUUUCUUCGGAGAAGUGGCACCAGACCAUCUCCCUGGCUCUGAUCCUCUUCAGCAAUUACUACGCCUUCUUCAAGCUGCUGCGUGACCGUCUGGUGCUGGGCAAAGCCUACUCAUAUGCUGCCAGCAGGGACUCAGAGCAGAAGUUAAAUUAAAACAAUUGCACUGAUGCUGAGCUUGUUACAGAACAAACAAAACAAGAAACCCUCAGAGCUUUGUAUUUUUGUUACCACUGCUUUUUUUUUUUUUCUUUGAUAACUGAUGUAAUUAAAAGGAAAAAAAAAAACAUAUUUUUUUACUCCCAA